AUGUGGCUAUCUGCAGCUUCAAAUGCGCCUACAGAAUUAGGGCCUGCACGUGUAAUUUUAUCGGCAUGUCCGCGGACAAUAGUCCAAUCCACUAGGCGACCAAUAGAGCCUUGGAUUGAAGAUACUUUUAGAGGGAGGUAUGACCAGAAUCAAUGGAGAUUUGAUAAGAAAGUGUAUAACGCUGCCUCAGGGUAUGAGUGGAUUAGGGGUCAUCAACCUACUGUUGAUUGGUGCUCAUGGGUGUGGAAUAGGCUUAACAUCCCUAAAACGAGUUUCAUUACUUGGGUUGCUAUGUGGAAGAGACUCUCCACUAAAGAUAGACUUAAGCGGUUUGGCGUGAGUAGUGAAGAUUGUUGCCCUCUCUGUGAGAAGGAACCGGAAACUAUUGCUCACCUUUUCUUUUCAUGUGAUUAUGCUGAUGCUUGUAGCAGGUUGCUACGUAAGGAGCUGGAUCUGCAAAAUCACUUCGUUUCCUUGGACCAACUGGCUGAGUGGAUGAAGAAGCCCGUGUCUCAGAGAAAUGAUGUUAUAUGGAAUGCUAAACUCUGUCAUCCUAGGACUGUGGUUAAACGUAUUAAAAAUCGCAUACACAGAAUCAUGGGUGUUAUGCCUAGGAAGGUUAGUGAUAGUAAUAGAACUUGGAUGAUUAGGCUACUUAGCUGA